AUGAACGAUAUUACUGCUUACGCCGAAAAGGCUCAAGAUUACUUGUUGAAUGGCACACUCACAGUACAAAAUCAUGUUAUUCCUAUGCGCUACGUAACUGGUGCCUUGGGAGGUUUGCUGGGUCUUUACGGAGUGAAGCGCUACUUCAAUGGCGGAUGGGAUUACGACAAGUGUGACCUGGAAGGAAAGGUCGCCAUUGUCACUGGAGCGAAUGCUGGUAUUGGAAAAGCCACGGCCAUGGACUUGGCCAAACGUCAUGCCACGGUCAUCAUUGCCUGUCGCGACUCGAAGAAAUCGCAUCAAGCGUUGGCCGAGAUUCAGAAAGUAUCCAAGAAUACCCAAGUGUUCCUUGAACCACUCGAUUUGAGCGAUUUGGCAUCCGUACGCGCGUUUGUCGAUCGUUUCUUAGCCAGAGGACUUCCUUUGCACAUCCUCAUUAAUAACGCCGCCGUUCUUGUACCCGAGCGAAAAUCAACAAAGGAUGGAUUUGAGAUGCAGUUUGGUACCAAUCAUCUUGGUCAUUUUCUGUUGACUGAACUGUUACUACCCACACUUGAAAAGUCGGCGCCUUCAAGAGUGGUCAAUGUCAGCAGCGGCGCUUUUCUCCACGGAACCAUGAAUUUCGACGAUCUUCAUGCCGAAACCAAGUAUGGUGCCUGGACAGCCUAUUCGCAGUCCAAGUUUGCCAACGUCUUGUAUGCCAAUUAUCUUGACCGAAAGCACCGCUCCAAAGGUAUUAUUGCCAAUUCGUGUCAUCCAGGGGCUGUACGUACUACGCUAGGUCGUUAUUUAGCUGAAAAGGCAUGGUGGUGUCUUCCCAUUUUGGCCUUAUUGUAUCCUUUAUACUACCUCACGUUCAAGAAUGCCGAACAAGGCGCUCAAACCACUCUGUAUCUCGCUGCUAAUCGCAGUGUGACCACGGGCGGAGAGUACUGGGCCGACUGCAAGAUGAUCAAGAAUGCCCACAAGGAGGAAUACAACACCGAAAUGCAAGAUCAACUUUACGAGAUCAGUCGCAACGCUGUUCAAGAAUUUUUGUAA